UUUUCAUUAAGUCUUAAAAAUAUAAAAUGCAUUUAUCUCAGACGCUCGAUCUUUUCCCCGAGCUCACCGUGACGCAAAUUCUUUUCAAAAACGUCCGAAAUGCCGCCGAGCUCCGGCAAAACGCCGUGGAGGGGAAGAUAAAAGGUGCCUUGCUCAAGCCCACUAUGCUGGUGAGUCCCUUCCAAGUGUUGGUGGCAGUUAACAAAGCUGUACACUUAGAGAAAAUCAGUCAAAUGAAGACAAGAAGCUUAUUUUCUGAGGUCAUCCUAAACCUGUCACCAACAAAUAAUAUUUCAGAAGCCUUCAAAAGGUUUGGGAUCUCGGACGGGGACGACUCGGUUCUGGUGGUACUGGUCCACGGCAAAGAGGAAUCCGACCCCUUUAGUGACGUCGCGUCCAAAGUGGACGGACAGCAAGUUCCGGUGGAUGACCUGUCUUCGCUGUCGGACCUUGAACAGAUUAAAAAGCUGUACAAAAUAACUCCCCAGGAGUGUGGCACCCUUCUGGAUGCGGUUGUAUGCAAAAUGGCCGCCAAGGACGUGAUGUAGCUUCGAUAAGUCCAGAGUGUUCUGAUCCAGUUCGGCGGAUUGUCUCGCUUUCCUCCAGAUAGAGCGCGGAAAAUGGUUUACUCUCGUCUCAUUUGGAACAAAAAAUUGUCAGCUCGACAGUCGAGAUUUAAUAUAACACUUUAUUUUGUUCGAAAAAUGUGGAUAAGGGGGAAAAACUGAAAUAAAAUAUUCUUAUAGAA